AUGCCAUUUCCAGUCCCAUAUCUAUCAAGGCCGUCACUUCCAGAUCACUGUUCGCCAACCUCUCCUUUCCUCGCCGAUGUCGCGGGGUACUUUGGAACAUGCAUACCCACCCCUCUGGCCGCUCUUUCAACGCUGCUUGGGACUUUGUCGAUAGUGUCAUGGCUAUUUGCACAAAUGCCCCAAAUCUUCAAGAACUACCACAUCAAAUCUACCGCGGGAUUGUCUAUAUUCUUUUUGGGAGAGUGGUUGUUGGGCGACUUGACGAACCUCUUGGGCGCCUUGUUUACGAAGCAGGCUUCAUGGCAGAUCAUCAUAGCCAGCUACUAUGUCUUCGUGGACGUGUGUCUUGUUGUCCAGUAUUUCUGGUACAGUUACUGCACGAAAUGGAUCUAUGCUGAAAGCCUCCAUUCGCGUGGGAGUAGCGAUUUUGAUGACGCAGACAGCGCCAUUAUCAACGGGCUCUCCCCGAUCAACUCGAGCUUUGUCGAAGACGGACCUGAGUUGAGUGAUCGCGACGAGGGUCCCCCCAAGACGGCUAGUGCAAGAGAGGUCGAAUCACCUCAUUUUACGCAUGUGAACUAUGGAGAGAAGAAUAACACUGCGCCAUACAACAUGUCAUAUAACGACAAAUCGGGCACCAGUUGGAUGAUGUCUCCUUCUCCGCGGACAUUGAUGUACGCGGCAACAAUAUCUUCGCUGGCUUCGAAUGCCGCGGCGGCUCCUAUACCGUUUCCUGCAGACCGUUACAGACACGGCAUCCGCCUCCUUCGUGUGGACACUCCGCUCGAAAUUACCGGCACCAUCUUGUCCUGGUGUUCGACGCUGUUGUACCUCGGAUCACGACUACCUCAGCUAUACAAGAACUGGUGUCGCCAGUCAACUGCUGGCCUCUCGCCACUGUUGUUCUUUGCUGCCUUCUGUGGCAACUUCUUUUAUUCCACCUCUUUACUCACAAAUCCGAAUGCUUGGGAUGAUUACGGUCCUUAUGGUCACCACGGCUGGGUGGGUUCCGAGGGGUCACAGAGGUGGGCUUGGGUAGCCCGUGCGGCUCCCUUUUUCCUGGGCGCGGCGGGUUGUCUAAGUAUGGAUGCCCUGAUGGGCGUUCAGUUCAUGAUGUAUGGAGAAAGGGAAGAGCGUAUUGUGAAGGUCAGAGAUUCUCAUGGGUACAGUCACUGGGAGCGGGUCAAUGGAUGGAUGAGAGGCUGGAUCCCGAACAUGGCUGGCAAGGAUAGAGUGGUAGACCUUGCUCAAAGUCAAAGGCUGCUGGGAGAAAGCGGACAUCUCAGCAUGAGCCGCAGGAGCCACCAUCAUGAUUAUGGAACGGCCACAUAG